GUCUCUCUCAAGGAUGGUGCCGAUGCAUCCAAGCUCGACGCUGCCAAGAAGCAGGUCACCGACCAGGGCGGCAAGAUCACCACCGAGUUCAAGCUGAUCAAGGGCUUCACUGCCGAGUUCCCCGAGGACAAGGUCCACUCCCUUUCGUCUGACGACCACAUCAACGUCGAGAACGAUGGCGAGGUCAGAACCCAGUAG